AUGAAAAGUAUAAGUGAAAAGAAAUCUACCGAAGUUUUUCAUGCAAAGAAAAGCCUGGACAGAGAAAAGAAGAGCCAUUAUGUCCUCCACGCUCGGGCUGUCGACCGCUUCACCAACAGAGCUGUGGAACCCGAGUCCGAAUUCAUCAUCAAGGUCCAGGAUGUGAACGACAACGCCCCUAAAUUCCCAGAUGGCCCCUUUUCAGCCUCCGUGCCUGAGAUGGCAGACAUCGGAACGUCGGUGUUCCAGAUCACUGCCACAGACGCCGACGAUCCCACCUACGGAAACAGUGCCAAGAUCGUCUACAGCAUUCUCCAAGGGCAGCCUUUCUUCACCGUCGACCCCAAAACUGGUGUCAUCAGGACAGCUUUGCCGAACAUGGACAGAGAAACUAGAGAGAUGUACUCCGUGAUCAUCCAAGCCAAAGACAUGGCCGGCUCUGUCGGGGGUCUGUCCGGAUCCACGACAGUCAACAUCUCACUGGCUGACAUCAACGACAAUCCACCACGAUUCCCUCAAAAGAACUAUCAGCUUUACGUGCCAGAAUCUGCUCAGGUAGGGAAAGCAGUUGGGAAAAUCAAAGCGAACGAUGAAGACCUUGGCGUCAACGCUGAGAUGACAUACAGAAUUACCAAUGAAGAAGGAGCUGCCAUGUUUUCCAUCUCUACAGACAGUGACAAGAGAGAAGGAGUCAUCUCCCUCAGAAAGCCUCUGGACUACGAGAAGAAGAAGGCUUACUCUUUGAACAUAGAAGGUGUCAACACCCAUCUGGAUCCUCGUUUUUCUUACCUGGGUUCUUUCAAAGACACCACCACGCUCAAGCUUAUCAUUGGGGAUGUUGAUGAAGCUCCGGUGUUUACUAUGGACUACUAUAUCAUGGAUGUGUAUGAAAAUGCUCCGGCUGGGACAGAGGUUAGCAUGGUAACUGCUCAAGACCCGGACAGCACAAGAAGCAAAGUCAGGUAUUCCAUCGACCAAAAUGCAGAAGGUGAUGCACUUUUCACCAUCGAUGUUGACAGUGGACUAAUUACAACCACCAAGAGUCUAGACCGAGAGGAGUUAGCCUGGCACAACAUCACAGUGAUGGCUUCAGAGAUUGACAAUCCAAAUCUGGUGAGCUAUGUACCCGUCACAGUCCAGGUCUUGGAUGUCAAUGACAAUGCCCCCUAUAUUGUCACAGACAGCGCUCUGGUUGUGUGUGAAGACUCCAAGGCAGGCCAGGUCAUUCAGACCAUCAGGGCCACAGACAAGGACAACUUCGCCAAUGGUCGGUUUACUUUCGCUCUGCCAGAAGACCUUCCAGCGAAUCCAAACUUCACUCUGAAGGACAAUGCAGAUAGCAGCGCGAGCGUGUUGGCGCGCAGGCAAGGCUUCAGCCAGGCAGAACAGGAGCUGUACCAGCUGCCCGUGGUUGUGUGGGAUGGAGGAGAGCCCGUCCUCAGCAGCACCAGCACGCUUACGCUCAGGGUGUGUCCAUGCCAGCGCGGGGCCAGGAUGCCAGUGUGCAGGGCUCAAGCAUUCCUGUCCUCGGCCGGUCUCAGCACCGGAGCCCUCAUUGCCAUCCUGCUGUGCGUGCUCAUCCUCUUGGCCAUCGUGGUUCUGUUUGUCACUCUGCGUAGCAAGAAAAGCAAAAAGGAGCCUCUGAUCAUCUCGGCGGAGGAUAUCAGAGAGAACGUAGUCACGUACGAUGACGAGGGAGGAGGCGAGGAAGACACAGAGGCCUUUGACAUAGCGGCGUUGAGGAACCCCGCAGCAGCCGAGGAGAUGAGGAUGAGGAAGGACCUGCAGUCAGAGGUGUGGAGAGCAAUGGGGACCGAGACUCUCAGCCCGGCUUUGACCUUACCAGACGAGGACAUCCAUGAGGUGAUUAAGCUCAAGGUUGUUGAGGCAGACCGGGACACAAGCGGCCCUCCGUACGAUUCUCUUCAGACUUACGCUUACGAGGGCUGCGGCUCCCCGUCCGGCUCCAUCAGCUCACUGGACCUGCCGGAGCCCCAGACGGAGCUGGACCUCAGUGAGGUAGACAAAUGGGGCCCUGAGGUACAAGUACUGAGCAGAGUCUUUGAAGAGAAAGGCCAGCAGCACGUCCAAUAAUGGCUGCGCAUGUUCUGUAAACCAGAAGUUGUGUGUCGUUUCCCUGAUGUCUGGUCAAAUGGGACUGCAGUGAAGACUGAAGUUUUUUUUUUUUUUUUUGUCAUCCAGUUUUGCUGUG